AAUCGGCCUUUCAAAACAUAGAACGUCUUCUAUGUGGAACCUCAGUCAACCACCCCUGCUGCGAUGAUCGGGCUCCUUCAGGCUCGGCUGAGCCAAGCGAGGAUAAACGGAAGAGGGUAUCAACCAUUUUUGCGUUGUCACAAGUCAAAGACUUCUCCAGCACAUUGAAGUCUCUGCGUAAAGAGCUUUCACAACUGGAGUUGAAUCGGAUGGACAUUGGCCGGAAGGUGCUUGCAAGGGUCAGAAGCUCGUUGUCCCUGAACAAGGCCCUGCGAGCAACUAAUUUUGCGAAUACUACCAUUACUCCCGAGAAUGCAAUUCCACCAGGUGAGGCUAAGAAAAAAACUUUGGGCAUCUCUCUUCACAGCAGAAAGUUGUUUUUUCGAGAACCGGACACCGUCACAGCGUCUAUUACCGAACCAAGCUCUGAGGAUAACCCAGAAAUCACACCUUACACGGCAAAACCACAGCACAGGAACGGAGAAAGGACAUUGCCCGCAGGAUUGUUAGCGGAAAGGAGCGGAUUGUUGUUCGCCUGCAUGGCGCACAACACGAGAAAUGCAGCUGCGAACAUCGCUCUGUCUGGAGCAUCAGUCAUUCUAGCUGCUGACCGCCAACCCCUUCCUCCAUUUCGCCGCAAUGCCAAUCACACAAGGUACAACCUUGCAAACGGACUCCUUUCAGUCGUGACACCAGAAUCGGUUCCCCGAGAAUAUGGUAUAUGUUGGUGGUAUAUGAUCCAAUCAGUAAAAUCAAAUAAUAUGUAA